AUGUCGGCCGCCGCUCCCUCCACUGACCCGGCCCAAAACGCAUCUUCAGCACCGGCAGGGAAGAAGAAGAACAACAAGAAGAAGAAGAACGCGAACAAGCCCAAAGAACUCGUAGAGACAGAUGGCGCUGCUCUCCAGCCUGAGAAUGUCGAGGAUGGCGAUGAUGAACCGCAAACCCCGGUACAGGCCUCGGCACCCAUAGAAGAAACCGGCACCGACGAGCCGACGGACAACGACACGACGGCCAAUGGCCACACCGAGAGACCGACCAGCAAUGGACAUGCGAAACCCCCGAUAGCGAAGGCUCCAGAAGAGCAGGAAACCAGUUCUGAUGCCACAGCAAAGUUGGACGCCUUGACGAAGGAACGAGAGGCGCUGCGCUCGGAGGUUGAGCAGCUGCGCAAGCAACUAGAGACCAUCCAGGAGACACACAGCGAGACAGUCACGCAGCUCAAGUCGGAACUGGACGAGACAUCGACGGCCAAGGAACAGGCGGAGGAGAGCUACCAGGCCCUCCUCGAGCGUGUCAACCACCUCAAGUCGACGCUUGGCGAGCGACUCAAGCGCGAUCGCGCUGAGUUGGAAGAGGCCAAGGAGCGCAUCGAGGAACUUGAGUCCCAGAACGAAGAGCUGCAGAAUGGCGCACAGGCGUCAGAAGAUGAGCUGACCAAGCUCAGGGAAGAGCUCCAAGAUACCUCGCGCGAGGCGGCGAGCCUUCGCAGCCGCAGCAACCUGUCCCAGCAGAACUGGGUCAAGGAGCGCGAGGAGUUGACGAGGCUCGUGGCGAACCUCAAGGAGGAGGUUGAGACGACGACCAACGCCAUGGGCGAGUGGGAAGUCAUCGCCAUGGAGGAGCGCUCCGUCAAGGAGAGCCUAGUCGAGAAGGUGUCAGAGCUUGAAGAGCAGAUCGCCAAUCUCCGCGACGGCUACGAGAGCGCCACAUCCGAACGAGACCACCAAUCGCAGGUCAUCGACAGCCUGCAAAAGGCCCUGCGCGAGAUUCAGGACGCCCGCAAGAAGGAGCUGCGGGAGAUGGUCGAGACGUCCGAGGAGCAGCUCCAGGCAAUGAAGAAGCUCGUGCAGGAAGCGGACUCCAGAGCCACCGAGGCCGAGGCGGCCAAGGAGAAUCUCACCAAGGAACUUGAGCGGACCGCGCCAUUCGAGAAGGAAGUCAAGGAGAAGAACCUCCUGAUCGGCAAGCUACGGCAUGAGGCGAUUGUGCUCAACGACCACCUGACCAAGGCUCUUCGAUACCUGAAGAAGACGAAGCCCGAGGACAAUGUCGAUAGACAAGUAGUGACGAACCAUCUUUUGCAUUUCCUCACUCUCGACCGCUCCGACCCUAAACGCUUCCAGAUCCUGCAGGUCAUGGCAGGCUACCUCAACUGGACAGACGAGCAGCGCGAGCAGGCUGGCCUCGCGCGGCCGGGCACGUCCAACAACACCCUGCGCCUCCCAGCCUCGCCCUUCCACCGCACACCAAGCACCCCGUCGUUGAGCGCAGAGUUUUUCUCCGAGACGCCGACGUCGGCGAACAAGGAGUCCCUCGCGGACCUGUGGGCCGGCUUCCUCGAGCGCAGCGCCGAGGAGGGGCUAGACCAGGCCGGCGGCGCGUCGCGCGACCGCAAGGACAGCGGCAGCAGCGCGGCCACGGGACCGAUGAGGUUCGAGACCCGGGGCGGCGGAUAG